AUGGGUAUAUUCGGGGGGACAAUCGAUCAAACGCUGUUCAUCAAACGUGUUGACAAGGACAUCAUCCUUGUUCAAAUAUACGUUGACGACAUCAUCUUCGGGUCCACGAAUGAUGUACUUUGCAAAGAGUUUGAAGAGGUAAUGAAGAGGAAGUUCAAGAUGAGUUCUUUAGGAGAAAUGACGACGUUUUUGGGCCUGCAAGUUCAUCAGAACAUUCAAAGAAUCUUGAUUCAUCAAAGUAAAUACGUUCACGACGUUCUUGCAAAAUUCAGCAUGGCAGACUCAAAGUCGAUAGACUCCCCAAUUGCAGAGCGACCGUUGUUGACUGAGGAUCCUGAAGGAACCCCUGUUAACCAAACAUUGUAUCCAUCUAUGAUCGGUUCUCUGAUGAACUUAACUACAAGCCGGCCAGGCAUCAUGUUUGCCGCCUGUCAGUGUGCUCGUUAUCAGGCUAAUCCUAAACUCUCUCAUCUAACUGCUAUUAAAAGAAUUUUUAGAUAUCUGAAGGGAGCUCCUAAACUCGGACUCUGGUAUCCCAGAGAUUCAAACUUUGAUCUGUUUGCUUUUUCAGACAACAACCUUGUAGGGACAGACAGGGAUAGAAAAUCUACAUCAGUUGGAUGCCAUUUCUUGGGAGAUAGACUUACCUCUUGGCAAUGCAAGAAGCAGCAAACUGUAUCUCUUUCCACCGCGGAAGCAGAGUAUGUUGCAGCAUAUGCCUGCUACUCCCAGGUUCUUUAG